AUGAAGUCGCAGCGAGUGACAUCGACCCUGCGACAUGCGAAAACCGUCUUCACCACUGCCGCCGUGCCCCGGCGGCCCGUCCACCACCACACCGUGAAGCCCGCCUGCCCCAAUGCGGCGCGAUACCUCCACGGCCAGGCUACCCGCCGUAGCGGCGCACCCUCAAACCCCGCGAUCAAGUUCCCCUGCCUCGACGCCCUCGAAACCCGCUCGGCCACCCUCGAGCAGCAAGCCUCGACCCGCUCCGACAAAAGCGGCCCGGAACCAUCUUACACCGUCGGCGCGACCCAGACCUACCGCUGCCAGGACCCCCUCCUCCUCGACCACGGCGGCCAGCUGCACGAGUUCGACAUCGCCUACGAGACAUGGGGCCAGAUGAACGCGGCGCGGAGCAACGUGAUCCUGCUGCACACGGGACUCUCAGCCUCGUCGCACGCACACUCAACCCCCGAGAACCCGCAGCCCGGGUGGUGGGAGAAGUUCAUCGGCCCCGGCCUGGCGCUCGACACCAACAAGUACUUUGUCAUCUGCACCAACGUCAUCGGCGGGUGCUACGGGUCGACGGGCCCGUCCAGCAUCGACCCGCUCGACGGGCAGCGGUACGCAACCCGCUUCCCCAUCCUCACCAUCCAGGACAUGGUGCGCGCGCAGUUCCGGCUGCUCGACCACCUCGGCGUCGAGACCCUCCACGCCAGCGUGGGCUCCAGCAUGGGCGGCAUGCAGUCGCUGGCCGCGGGCGUCGAGUUCCCCACCCGGGUCGGGCGCAUCGUGAGCAUCUCGGCCUGCGCGCGCAGCCACCCCUACAGCAUCGCGAUGCGGUACGUCCAACGGCGCGCGAUCCUAAACGACCCCAACUGGAACCGGGGCUUCUACUACGGGCGCGUCCCGCCCCACGUGGGGAUGAAGUUGGCGCGGGAGAUCGCCACCAUCACCUACCGGUCCGGCCCCGAAUGGGAGCAGCGGUUCGGGCGGCGGCGGGCGGACGGCCUCCUCUACGUCAGCAAAGCGAUGGACCUGUUCGAUCUGGGCCGCGCGAACCAGCUCGCCACGGCCGCGCGCCGCGCCGAGCGCGCCCUCCUCUCCGCCUCCGACUCCCCCAACGACCCCUCCCCCGGCGGCGGAACCUGCAGCCUCACGCUCCCGGACAAGCCCUACGAAGAACAACCCCAACAACCCGACCCCACCCCCGGCACCACCAACCCCACCACCCCAGGCAUGGGCACACCAACCCCCCCCGCGGACCUAAUCGCCGGCCUGGGCGUCCUGCGCUCCCACCCGGUGCUGGUGCUAGGCGUGGCAAGCGAUAUCCUGUUCCCGGCGUGGCAGCAGCGCGAGGUGGCCGAGGCGCUUCGGGCGGCGGGCAACGCGCAGGUGGAGCACCACGAGCUGAGCGAGGUGCAGAGCCUGUUCGGGCACGACACCUUCCUGUUGGAUGUGGAGGGGGUUGGGGGCCAGGUGCGCGGGUUUUUGGGGUGA